AUGCCAUUUAGACUUUUUGCUAAGAAAGAUAUCGCUUUGUUUCCUCCCUUCCUAACAAAGGGGGAUGGAUGGGUGUUCUCUGUUAGAAGGUUCUAUUUGCAAACAAGCGAGAUCAUUUCAUCUUGCAUUGGCAUAAUGAUUUUUGUGAAUUUCAUUUUUUUCUGUGGAAAACAAGAUGAAGUCGACAUGAGAUUCAGAAUCAUCAACUUUAUCCUCAGCUUUUUAAUUACAAUCGAUUUUCUCAUUAAAUAUAAAUUCAUAAACAAAUUAUAUUUGAACAGACAUUAUUAUGGUAUAAACAUGACUAAUUAGGUAUCGGAUUUAUGAUAAUUGAUAUCAUCAGCGGUCCUCUGAGUCUAAUACUAAAUGUUUACUUUGCAAUCGUAACCGUGGAAGUUGCCAUAACUAUCUCUGAUAUUAUGUUACUAUUGCGUAUAUUCUGUUUAGAAAAAAUAAGGUGAGACUUUGAUUAAUUUUAGAUUAUUGAUCAAGGAUGUAUUUUACAUUCUAUAUGUAUCUAGAUACAUCAACUUUGCUCUUCUUCUAACAUAUUAUGUUUAUAGUUAUAUAGCUUAUGCUAUUUUCUAAGAAAUUAGUCCCAAGUUUUUUAGAAACAUUUUCAAGUCAAUGCUGUCUAUGUUUUAGGUAUUGACACUAGACAGUUGGAACCUGUAAGUUAAUCAAUCGGUUUCAAAAUAUUACGGAUAAGCUUGGAGCAUAUUUUUCCUGUUUUUCAUUUUGUUCAUGUUUUUCUAUUUUAUCAAUUUAUUAUUGGGAGCAUUUGUUAGUUAUUAUUCAAAUCCUACUUUGAGAAGAAACUUUGAAUAUGACUUUUAACAUGACGAUGUCCUAAACUAGGACUUGAAUUUAGAGUACAGACAUUCAAUAGAAAUAAGAGAUGCUUUGAAAUUAUUAGAUAUGGAUCAGACUCCUUAUUAAUUAAAUCGUAAAUCUUGGGGAUUGAAUGAAUCAGAAGUCUCAAUUUACCUAUACAUUUCAUUACAAAUACUGCUAUCAAUGGUGUAAUUAUUUAGUAAUUUACGUUAAAUUAACUAUGCCUUGAUCGUGAUAGAGAAUAUCUUUGGCAUAUAUUUCUGCAUUUUAUGUUACUAGAAGAUAAUGUAAUUCAGAUAGUUUAUCAACGAAUAAAAAAGCCAGUUUGAGGAGAAACUUCAAGAUGAAACCUAAAUAAGAAAUGAAGAAUAUUCAGUCAGAUUAUAUGUCGUAAUAAUCUUGUUGAUUGCAGGUCCAGCAGCAACAAUCGUGGACAUAAUAUCAUUAUCCAUUUAUUAAGACAUAAGAUUUGGGCCAAUGCUGAGAGUGCUUAUAGUACUGGCCAUACUCUAUGUGCAAAAGUUGCUGUUCAAAUUUGUUGAAGUGUUGCCUGGAGUCAGCCAUAUUAUCAUUUUUGUAGGAGGCCUACUCUUUACUAUGGCUUUGAUUGGUCACUAAUUCAUUAAAGUAGAUGUGGGUUACCCCUUAUUUGAUUCUCUGACUCAAUCUUAUUUGUUCAUGUUGUAAGUAGUGACCUUUGAUAGUUGGGGAGAUGUAGCUAGGAUAGUGAUACGACAUCAAGCUAUUUAUGUCUUUUACUUUUUGUUUUUGACCAUUUUUAUUGGAUUCUUUUUAAUGAAUAUGUUGGUGGGAGUAAUGGCUACGAUGACUUAACCUAAGACUUAGGAACUUUUUGAGAAAGAUCACAUCUUGAGAUAAAGAGUGAAUGAAUUGUAGGUUAGAUAAUUAAGCGAACAUAUUCAAUAGGUAAGUUUUACUAUUGCUAUUUUACUAGUUUAAAGGACAGGAGUAGACUUAGCACAAUUAAUUAAAGUAGAUAUUGGAUGAGUUCAAUUCUUCAAGGAACACACAACCUCUAUAUGUGAUAAUUGAAGGCGUGAAAUACGAAAUUACAUCAAAAAACUUCAUUUAAUUUCAAGGUGAUUGA